UAAUUAAUGCGGAGGUAGAUUCCAGAUUUUGCAGCAAAUCAUGGUAUGAUAAUGGCUUGCACGUUGAGGUCAAUAACAUUAAAAAAGUUGUUAUGAAUGAGAUAAUCUCUGCUCAUUCAUAUUCACUUAAUGAUGAGCAACAUCCAUUCGUUCUCCCAAAAUACAUUAGCAAUCUUAAAAAAUUAAACUUGCCAGCUUGGGGAUUCACACAAAGACUUGUAGAUGUAUUUUGUGGUAAUGAAAAUGAGCAAAUAUUUCAUGCAUAUGCAUGUCCAUGUCUUUUAUCAUAUACAACUAAUAUCUGUUUUAUUUGUAUGCAAUCGAUAUUUGUUUUAAUAGAUGAUAUCGUUCCACGCUUUGCCUACAGAAAAAUAAAAUUAUUCUUGCUAUUAAGUCUAGUUUCACUUUCCGAAAAACAGUCAAAAAAGCACUGCAUCUCCCCAAGCAUCCAUAUCAUGAUUAUCAGCGAUGGAUACAAUUCAAUUAUUCCUAAAAUGAUAAGACAUGUAUCAAAGUUGAAAAGGCACGAGGAAUGGACAUAUGGCAACGGCCAAAAGAAACAACCACUUUUUAUUAUUCAGAAUGGGCAAGGUCCUACGAAGGAAAAUUUUAUUGAGUCUACUAUCCUUGCAAGGUCACAAGGCGGUAUCCUCAUGGUCAAUUUGGACUCUUUGAGUAAAAGAGAUGUAGAGUCACUGCGACUUGACCUACCGGCAAAGGUAUCAACCUCAGGUCGGCAGACGGUGAAGGAAUUGAGUACGUUUGAUCUUGUUGUAUACCUUAAAGAAUGUGUUGAUUCUGAAGCCAAUGGUUUGUUAGUGGACCAUUUACUUGAUAAAAAGAUUUUAGAGUCUGAAAAUGAUAAAUUCAAAAAAGAACAAUUCGGCUUAUCCUUUAAUGAUUUCCGUCAG